UCUACAUGCUGAACUAAAAAAAUAUUUACUAUUACCAUUGGAAGACAAUUCGGACCCGUUGGUAUGGUGGCAAGCACAGAAAGAAUACCCUAUUCUAUGUUUAAUCGCGAGAGAUUAUUUGGCUAUACAAGCUACUAGUGUAGCUUCAGAACAAGUAUUUUCCAUAGCAGGUCUUACUAUCUCAACAACAAGAGCUAGAUUGGAGGAUGAAUCUGCAAAGGCAAUUCUAUGCUUAAAGAGUUGGCUCCAAAAAGGAAUUUGCAAAUUGGAUG